GUGGGCCAGAAUCUUGAGUACAAAGUUUAUAGAUGAAAUCAUUCGAAAUUUAUAUAAUUGUUUUCAUAUUAAUUACCCUUUUUGCUAUUGUUAAAAUAAAGUAAGACUUUGACAUUUUAGUUAAAUAUCAAUACAUACUACUAACGUUUUAAAAUUACUUGGUUCAAACUGUCAACGUAACAUCACAGUAGAAAGACUUCAAAGAGUAAUAUAGGCCUAAGCUCAUGUCCAAAAGAUGUUUAUAGCCAGUUCCUGAAAUGUAACACUGUUACAAAAUAAUGAAAUCACAUAAAACCUCAUCAGUCCCGAUUCUUCAACCUAGCUUGAUGUCUCUCCGAAAAACUCAUGAAAAACUUCCAACUGAAUGCUCUACUCCUAUAGAAACAAGUACACAUGAAAAACUCCAGAAUGCCAGUGUUCCAGCAAAUUCCAGCAAUCCUGACUCAUAUUUUAGUCAGUUGCACAUUGAUACUAAUUUGUCCUUUGAUAAAAAUUUAUGGGGAAAAUUCAAUUUUUGUGGAGGAAAGAAACAUGCUAAAGUAACAUUCCAAGGAAAGGUGUACAACUUCCUGGAGCGCCCCACUGGCUGGAAAUGUUUUGUGUAUCAUUUCACUGUGUUUGUGGUGGUGCUAAUCUGCCUUAUAUUCAGUGUUUUGUCCACAAUAGACCAGUACAGUAAGUUUGCUGUUGACACACUUUUUUGGAUGGAAACUGUUCUAGUUGUCUUUUUUGGAGUGGAAUACAUUGUUAGAUUGUGGUCAGCAGGCUGUAGGAGCAAGUACAUGGGGGUUUGGGGAAGACUGAGGUUUGCAAGAAAACCUAUAUCUUUCAUUGAUCUGAUUGUUGUAGUAGCUUCAGUAGUGGUCCUUGCUGUUGGAUCUAAUGGUCAAGUGUUUGCCACCUCAGCUAUAAGAGGCAUUAGGUUCCUUCAGAUAUUGAGAAUGUUGCAUGUAGACCGUCAAGGUGGAACCUGGCGAUUGCUGGGCUCCGUAGUGUUUGUCCACAGACAGGAGCUGAUCACAACCCUUUACAUUGGUUUCCUGGGUUUGAUUUUUUCAUCGUACUUCAUGUAUCUGGCAGAGAAAGAUGAAGAGAAUGAAAAGCGAACUUCAGAUUUUACCAGCUACGCUGAUGCAUUAUGGUGGGGUGUAAUAACAGUGACAACAAUUGGUUACGGUGACACAGUUCCAAGAACAUGGAUGGGAAAAAUAGUUGCUUCAUGUUUUUCUGUUUUUGCCAUUUCAUUUUUUGCCCUACCAGCCGGGAUCCUUGGAUCAGGGUUUGCCUUAAAAGUACAACAAAAACAGAGGCAGAAGCACUUUAACAGACAAAUACCAGCAGCAGCAACCCUAAUACAAUGCUUAUGGAGAUGUCAUGCUGCUGAAAAGACUUUUCCAGGAGUUGCCACUUGGAAAAUCCACAUCAAGGAUACAGGUCAAAUUGCUAGUAGUCCUAGCACUCCACUUAGCAAGGUUGCAAAAAAAGCUAGUGUUCUGAAACGAAGAAAGUCCAAGACAAAGAUGGAAGUUGGUAGUGUUGCCAACACACCAGAGAGUACUGUCUCACCUCGAGAGAAUGAAGAUGUCCCCUCUGAAUCUGAAGAUUCACGUUAUGGUAGAGGUAUGAAACCUCGAAGAGAGAGUAAAGUUCCUUCUCUUCCCUUCUUGUCCAAUUCAAGCUGCACAGCUGAGGUGAAUUCUGAUGAAAUUGAAAUUGACAUAGAUGAUCCCCCCAAAAUAACAUCUCUCACAGAAGCCCAUAAGAAUGCAAUAAGAGCCAUUAGGAAGAUAAAAUACUUUGUAGCAAGAAGAAAGUUUCAGCAAGCGAGAAAGCCCUACGAUGUACGAGAUGUAAUAGAACAGUAUUCUCAAGGCCAUCUAAACAUGAUGGUCAGGAUCAAAGAACUUCAGCGAAGGUUGGACCAAACACUUGGUAAACCUGGGUCUUACUUGGGAGAGAGAGGGAUGAAACCAAUGACUAUUGGUGCACGACUCCACCGCAUGGAGCAGCAGCUGGCAGCUCUAGACAAGAAAACUGAUAGCAUCAUGUACAUGUUGACCACACUUGUGAAGAGGACAAACACCAGUGAGCCUACUAGGCCAAACACUUUAGACAGCAUGCAGCAAUAGAAGUACCUCAAACUGUAGGCUUUUUAUUUCCAUGUUAUCAUGUAUUUUCUAAGAGAAGUUUGUGAUAUUUGCACUUGCCACAGCUUUUUGUAUCAUUUGAUUCAUUCCAUAAAUUUCCACAUCAUGUAUUGCUGUUGUGAAAAGUCUUAAGGGUGAACUUUGACAUUUAUGUGGCAAUACUCCCAAACACAUUUCAUGCUGCUAAAUUGAAGUAUUCUUUAUAACAUUCUGAUGCCAAAGAUACAUUUUCAAGGUUUUCAGUACAAAAAUAUUGUGUCAAAAUCGUACACAGAAU